UCUUACCGUAUUGAUACCGUUUUGUCGGCAGGGCUGCGCGCGAGCGUGUCGGGUGCGCUGUCCGCGCGCUGCUCUGUGAUGUCGCAGGGAAUAUUUGCACGCGCUGCUGAGGAGAUCCGGCUGAGCUUUAAAAGCCGCCCGCUGCUGAUCUGCUGUCUCUCUCUCUCUCUCUCUCUCUCUCUCUCAGACAGUUCCGCUAGGAUCCGCAGCGAUCCGGCUCAUUGUACACUAAUGUCCCUGUGCUAUCAGUGCUUUACACCCGAUUGCUGUCGUUACCUGAAGGCUGUUUCUGCUCACUGAGACAGACAUGCAAACACCUGAUCUGACGCGGUUUGGCGUUUAUUUCUGGCUGCAUUUGUCGUGUUUCCAGCCGCCAAGUGGUGGAAUGCAUCGGAAUUGCGGGGGAGGCAGAAGAUGGAAACCGUGCAAAAAUGGAACAAGGAUUUUAUUGCACAUAACCAGCUGGAUAACAAAACCCACUCCAAACAAAAUGGCAUGAUCAUCAAGGAUCUCCCGAACACACUCAAGAUCUGCAAACAUUUACAGCUCCAGCCCAUUUCUCGUUCAGCAUGUGCUAUUGGCUCCUGUCCAGAUCUGAUGAUGAGUAGAAAUGAGCAGCGUGAGUUACGGCCAGCUCCCGUGGCUCUUACCCCACAGCUGCCCCCCAGAAGCCACCGGCCUCUUUGCUUCUCUGUGUCCUCGGACAGCAAUGGCCGCUUCAAAGCUCUGGAGACACAGGAAUGGAAGAACAACCUCAAGGCACAGAUGGAGCAGGCCCACAGCGCUGGUGCAGCCAGCAGCACAGGUUCUCUAGAACGAGCAUCCCUUUUCUGUGCCUCUGGGUCGACUACUGCCUCCAGCUCAGGCCUCUCGAGUCCUGUGGAGCUUCUUGGCAAGAGCAAGUCCUCUAGCCGCUUCUCACUCUUCUCACCGCCAUGGAACAGCAGCUCUGAGUCUGACUCAAACCCUCCGUCACGGACCGGCUCCAAGAAACUGCGCCGCAGAGGAGGACCAGGGGGUGUCAAAACUAGCCCUGAGACACCUGAACCAAAAUCCAGUGGCCCGGAACACUUCCACUACUCUGAACCUGUAAUCUCCAAAGUGACGGACUACAUCUACAUCGGUAAUGUUAAUGCAGCGUAUAGUGGCCGCAUGCUAUGCCGGAAUAACAUCGACAGUAUUAUCGAUAUGAGCAGUCUGCCCGGUGAAACAUGCCUCAACUUGAUCCCUUGCACAUGCUCGAGAGGGACCAAGCACAGCUGGUCACGCCUGAAAGUGCACAUAGAGGAAUCGGGUGAGCCGGGAGAGGAUGGAGCAGAGCUGCUUCAGCGUUGUUUUGAUGCCAUCAAUGAGUGCAUCGAUGCCUCAGCAGGGAAGAGGAAACGAGUGCUGGUUCACUGCCGUGAUGGCUUCUCUCUCGCUCCUACUUGCAUCAUCCAGUACCUCAUGAUCAAACACAACAUGAGGCUGAUCGCUGCAUACGAGCUGCUCAGGUCCAAGCAUCCAGUAAACAUCCGUGAAUGCCACCAGAACGCUUUAGUGAGUCUGGAGAGGACACUUCGACCUGGUGGAAACACGGAUCCCGAGUGCUUCAAACAGGCCAUCUCGCGCAAGAUAGCUUGGAACUAAACAUGACAUACAUUUCUUUUCAGCCUCAUGCUGAUUUUUCUGGUACAAUAUUGAGACUGGCAGCUUGGGGCUUCAUUUAGAUAGAAAAACAAAAAAACUUCUUCCAGACUAAAUCUGAAAAGGAAAAAUUCAAGAUCAAGACUGUAUAGCUGCUAAACAAGCGAUCCGGAGCGAAAAUGAGUCUGCUCUGGUGUUAAGACUUUGGUGCUGAAGUCUUAUAAAUAUGAGGUUUGCAGCCAUAGUGUUACAUUUUUCUUUCAGGGCAGCAUGACGGGAAAUCUCAGGAGACUCAGUGAUGUCAAAUCAUGUCUACUGGAUGGGGAGUGUAAAGCUUCUCCAAACGGACUACCUUUGUAUAGUUAAGAAUUAUUUUAGUGCCAUGUUUCUCAACUCACCAAUCCUUUGAAACCUCCAGACUGUCCAAAUUUAGUCCGUCUGUUAGCUAGCAACAAACACAAACCAAGCAGAACACUCGGUACCAGGCAGCUGUGUUGGGAGAGUGCAAAAACCUGAACAGUCUGUGAGGGUUGGGAGAUAGCGUUCUAGUAUGAAGUCUUUAACUGCUGCCAUUGUAAAAAUGAACCUGCGUUGAACGGGAACUAUUUUGGUAACCCAGGUUUUUUUUUAUUUUAUUAUUUUUUUAGAACCAGCGGACAUACUUAAUGGCUUGUAGGUAAGAAUUUUCCUCCAUGAGGAAUCUGGUCACAACCUUUUCCCUGUCAUCAGAUUAUCACCAAAUGUUCAAGGUUGAGUGCAAAGGUUUGCACACCCUCGCAGAACGUUAAGGACGAGCUUUGUGCCAAGGCAUUUCCAUAGUUUUCUCUGCGUUAUCACUGGAAACAAAAAUAGUAUUUGGUACGAUGUUAAAAAUGGAAAAACAAAAAUUCAAAAAGCCAGAAACUGAUAUAUAAUAAAAAUCACUUAUCUUUGCAUAAUCUUCAAACAUAUUUAAGAUAUUCCUGAAUAUUCCUGAUGCUCUUACCUGUUGUACUACAGUACUGGACCAAUGCCGGAUUUGUUCAUUUUUCUUUAAACAUCUUCGCUAAAAUGCUAUCAAAUAUAUUUGACUGUAAUUUAAAUAAGAUAUGAAGACUGAUAUAGUAUUCGUUUUUGUUCUCAUCAAGAACUCCAAAAAAAAUUUCAUGUAGUGACAUUACAAAACCUUACUUUUUUUCAUCCCAAAAUGAUGCAAAAUGCAAACUAUUGCACUCAACUGGAGCUUUGGUGCUUGGGAAGUGAGAAACUGGAACUAACUAGUGUGUAUCGUUGGGUUGUCCGCAUUAGUAUGGGUUGAAUUGUGAAGCAGUGACCUACUGCGAAGAAUUUUUAAAUUGCACUAACUAGACGUUGUAAAGAAACUGCACAGGUGAAAUGUUCUUUAACUGACAUGUCACUUCUUUUGGUUCUUUGUUGCUCAGCACAGAUAGACCUUUACUAUUUUUACAUAAAUACGAUGCACAUGCUUCCUGUGUCCUGAAUAUGAAUUAAUGCUAAAUUACUGUUGUGUUUUAACUUACCCAUGUAGGAAGUUCUGACCGACCUCUUGUGUGGAAUUGCUUUGUGCUUGUGUACAGUAAUUAUUCUAUUUUAAUAUUCUAGUGAGCAGUGUGCCGAGGUGGUGCGUCCCUGAGUUUUUGGUGCCUUUGAACUCGUCCUGCGUGGUUGUAUUGUGAGACUCACACUAUGUAUGCAGGUGUCAGGCAAUGUUUUUUUUUAUACUCUGACAAUGUUUUUAUACUCUGGAAUAUUCCGUAUAAUGGCUAAUCCUCGUCAUGCUGCGAGUCCUGCAUUGUGGUGUGCGGCAGGACACAGCUCUGUCCGGUAAUGUAAAGGUUUUGUUGCAGUGGUCAUUCUGUGAGCAGUGGCAGUAUUUUCAACCCUUGUGGUGGUGACUAGUGAAUCUCUGUCUGACUGAUCGUAACCUCUCCCCACUGCUAUGCUCCUUUUCUGAAAACAUAAUUCAUAGUCUAAUCUAUAUAUGGCCUAAUGCCAGUGCAUUCUUUUACUGUAUAUUUCAAACAGUUUGACUUGAUCUCAGGUGAACUUUAUUGACCUAAAUUAUAAUGUUCUCUGUUUUAGAAAACGGAACAAUGUGGCAAUGUAUUUUCUGUAUCCUGUUUUUAAAGUCUUAUGCAUUUGUAUAUAUAUAUAGAUAUUAAAGAAAAUGAUCCAUUCA